UUGCGCCAUCGCAACCAUGGGAUACAACGGACCACACGCUGCUCUCGUGGCUUCUUUGUAGUUAGCGUCUUUCGUUCGAAGCUUGCCGAAAAUUAACCAGCCUAUGCACGUGCUGUGAGUGAUUUUAUGAUGGCAGAAACAGAAAAUGGCAAACAGAAGGACAAAAACAAGACCCUUGGAGAACUUCAAGUGGCAAUGAAAUGUCAAGUCGAACCAUCUACUGCACCGGUCAAAUUGGAGGUCAGCGAUUGGCCAUUGUUGUUUAAGAAUUUUGACAAAUUAUUGACACGUACCAAAACUUUUACUCCGUUAACAUGUGGUUCGACGCCUCUUCACCGCAAUCUAUCUGAAUAUAUUAAAUCAGGGUGUAUUAACUUGGAUAAACCAUCAAAUCCCUCUUCACACGAAGUUGUUGCUUGGAUCAAGCGUAUUUUAAAAGUUGAUAAGACAGGACACUCUGGUACUUUGGACCCCAAGGUAACAGGAUGCCUGAUCGUGUGUAUAGACCGAGCAACACGUCUUGUUAAGUCACAACAAUCAGCUGGAAAACAAUACAUUGCAGUAUUCAAAUUACAUUCUGCUGUUGAGAAUGUUCUGAAGGUGAAACAAGGUCUUGAAAAAUUGCGUGGAGCGCUAUUCCAGAGGCCACCAUUAAUAUCAGCUGUCAAGCGUCAACUGCGUGUUAGAACAGUUUACGACAGUGUUCUCCUAGAUUAUGACGAUGAACGGAACAUGGGAGUAUUUAGAGUUGACUGUGAAGCAGGUUCAUACAUCAGAACAAUGUGUGUCCACUUAGGUUUGUUUUUAACUACCGGUUGCCAAAUGGAAGAACUACGCCGAUCAAGGUCUGGUGUUCAAUCUGAACAAGACGGAAUGGUAACAAUGCACGACAUACUCGAUGCUCAGUGGCUUUAUGAGAAUCAUGGUGAUGAGACUUAUUUGCGUAGAGUCAUCAAACCCUUGGAAGCUCUUCUUGUUAAUCACAAAAGAAUUAUCCUGAAGGAUAGCGCUGUAAAUGCUAUAUGUUAUGGGGCAAAAAUAAUGGUACCUGGUGUCCUAUUAUAUGAUGAUGGAAUUGAGUUGAAUGAAGAGAUUGUGAUCGUUACUAGCAAAGGGGAAGCUAUUGCUCUUGCCAUCGCUCUUAUGACGUCUCCAACGCUGUCUGCGUGCGAUCAUGGUGUUGCUGCAAAAAUCAAGAGAGUGAUUAUGGAAAGAGAUGCAUACCCCAGAAAAUGGGGACUUGGCCCUAAAGCUUCGAUUAAAAAACGUAUGAUUAAGGAAGGUAAAUUGGAUAAACAUGGAAAGCCAAACGAACAAACUCCUUCAGACUGGCUUACAAGUUACGUUGACUAUUCCAAGACUGACACAAAUGGAGUUGAAGAUGCUAGCAGAAAACGAAAGCUAGAUACUACUGAAACCUCGCUAGAUACAACAGCUGUUGAUGAUAAUAACGACCCGGAAACCGCAUCACCAAAAGAAAAAAAGAAGCAUAAAAAAGAUAAGAAAAAAAAGAAGGUAAAGGACGAGUCAGAAGAAAAUGUUGAAACAGAAGUGGCAGCAGCAACAGAUGCAACUGCUGAAGAUUCCCAAGUGAAGAAAGAGAAGAAAAAGAAGAAGAAAAAAGACAAGAAUCAGGAAGCACCACCCAGUGACUAGACCCCUACACAUACCACAAAAAAUACGCUGCACCUAUAUCUAAUAGUCAUUUGAAAAUAUUACUCUGUGUCAAAUGAAAGAAAAAAAAAACCCAUGCAUUUGAUUGCAAGAAAGAGUAUUUUAUAUUUUUAUCAAGAAUCUAUCAAAUUUCAAAAAGCUCUAUCUAAGCAAAUUAUAUGGAGGUAUGGACAUGCAUAGGGUGAAACAUUUUCUUAAAAGAACGUUCGUCGAUCAGGUGAUAUACUUUUGGAGAUGAACGUAAAAAUUUUUUUUACAGUAAAUGAUAACACGAUGGUUAAAAAGCGCCGAAUUCGUUGCGCUCGAGAUCACAAACUGUUUUUACAUUACGUAAAUAUCUCGUUGAUAACCAUUUAUAUCAAAAUACAUACUAUAAUAAUAUUCAUACAGUUAUGGAUUGUCAAACUUAUCGAACUCCAACCCUACUAUGUUCAGUGGGUAAUUCCAAUAAAGUUUAGAGUAACAUUUGUGCAGUUCGUUGCCCUUGCUAUAGGUUUAGUUGGAAAAUUUAGGAGCUGGCAUUGAACUUCAAAUUCAUAGUUCGUAACGACAAAAUGGAAUUCAACAAGUCACACAUCCUGACAGUACAAAUCACGUAUUCUUGAACUCAGAACAUAUUACUGUAUAUCAUGUGAUUCAUACAUGUACGAUCAUCUUGUUUCCUAUUACUUUUUACAGCAUAAGAACUGUAUAUAAUGUUAUUGUAGAGUCGGCUAAUCCGCAAGGGUUUUAAACAAAAAAAAAUUAUCAUUUUAAAUAAAACUCAAAAUCGUUAUCUUCUA